GCGUGUUUGGUGCAGAUCUGGUGGCCCUUCAGCUGCUUAUCAGGGUGAGAUUCCCUGCGACUGCCUGCCGGUAGUAUACACAUUGCUGUGCCUUGUCAAAUGUGCGAGCAGUACAAACUCGUGAGUUCAUUCUCACUGAUCCUUUGACCAAUUUUUUAUCUCUUUGUCCUUGAUAUGCGUACGGUUGUUGCUUGCCUGCUGAAAACUCACGUAGCUUGCUGGCUGGAUCUGGACUCAGCUCCCCAACCUCCGCUCAUUACAAUCACGCCGUCCGUCUUGGCCCCAGGUGCAUGCAGUAUACGAGUUGCAUACGCUUGAAACAGGGUCUUAAAAGCUUCCUCACAACCAGAUAUCUGCUUCCACUCUCCUCUUUUUUUUGCCUUGGUGGGGAACUUCAAAAUAAGAAGCCCUGGUCACUGUCAAUCCAAGAAUGGCCGCAGCAAGUUACUACAGCAGUCUGGCAGAGGACGGCUCGUACAGACCGUAUAGACCGUACGGGCACAUGAGCCAAGGGAGCAGCAGUUCAUUAAAACCCCUCACCAUCGUGACAAACAACUAUGAAAACGAUGCAUGGUACGACGAGCACCAGCAGCUUAGCUACGCGGAUAGUAGACUCAAACGCCGCAUUCGAGUCCUGCGAGUUAUUCAGCGUGUCCUUGCCGCACUUAUAUCCAUUGCGGCUCUCGUGCCCAUCACCAUGACGCUCCACAAGUACCUGAGUACUCGGGGCAUAAUCCGCUCCGCACCAGAUGGCAAAGGCGGAACGAUUGAAAGGAGUGCGUGGGCGCUCAAAACCAAGUCCUGGCCGACAUACAUGUACUUCUCUAUGGCCGUCGCAUCCACCUUUGUGCACCUAGGCGUGCUCACUGGUUAUCUGUGGAGCAUCCGCGCCGCGAACAGGAUCGACACCAUCGGGACUACGAUCCAAACCAUCGAAAUCGUUGGCCAGCUUGUCUUGUGGAUCGUUGUUGCAGCCAUCUACAAGUACGAAAAGGAAAUCACGGAGGAUGGCAAGCACAACGAUCUCUGGGGCUGGACGUGCAGUGGACCCGCGUCAGCACUGCAGCAGACGUUCAAAGACGUCGUGUCGUUCGACUCCUACUGCAACAUCCAGACCUCUAGCUGGUAUGCGGGCCUUGUUCAAGUGGGAGCGCUGAUUCUAUCCUUGUCCAUUGUGAUACUGGCAUGGAAGAGAAGAAAGAGCAAGAAAAACGUGCGAAGGAGCGCGGCGAGAGCUGCUGAAGGUAGAGAAGACUAUCGUCACCAAAAUGUAUAAUGGAACGAUUCAAACGAACAGCUUUGCUCUUGAUGAAAAUCUCAACGUGCUACCUACAUGUGUAGUUAUAUCGUCGUCAUGAUAACGAAUCGAAAUCAAUGAUUGCUUCUUUUCGGG